AUGAUGGCGCAGCGGGCGCUGCCGAAUCCCUACGCGGACUACGACAAGUCCUUGGCCACCGGCUACUUCGAUGCCUCCGGGAGGCUGACCCCCGAAUUCACACAGCGGCUGAAUAACAAAAUCAGGGAGCUGCUCCAGCAGAUGGAGAGGGGCCUGAAGUCUGCCGACCCUCAGGACUGCACCACGUACACGGGUUGGGCAGGCAUUGCUUUGCUGUAUUUACACCUGCAUGAUGUGUAUGGAGACCCAUCCUACCUUCAGGUGGCCCAUGAGUACGUGAAGAAGAGCCUGAGCUGCCUGACAAGACGAUCCAUCACCUUCUUGUGUGGAGAUGCUGGGCCCCUGGCAGUGGCUGCUGUUGUCUACCACAAGCUGCAGAGCCACAAGCAGGCAGAGGACUGCAUCACUCGCUUGCUCCACCUGCACAAGCUGGACCCUCGGGUGCCGGACGAGCUGCUGUAUGGGCGUGUGGGCUACCUCUAUGCCCUCACCUUUGUCAACAGGCACUUUGGAGAGGAGAAGAUCCCUCAGAGUCACAUCCAGCAGGUCUGUGAAGCAGUUGUGGCCUCAGGAGAGAGCUUGGCCAAAAGGAGGAACUUCACAGGGAAGAGCCCUCUGAUGUAUGAGUGGUACCAGGAGUACUAUGUAGGAGCAGCCCAUGGCUUGGCUGGGAUUUACUACUACCUGAUGCAGCCUGGCCUUGGAGUGAGCCAAGUGAAGCUGCACAACACAGUCAAAGCCAGCGUGGACUACGUCUGCAGCCUCAAGUUCCCCUCCGGCAAUUUCCCUCCCUGCAUCGGUGACACCAGGGACCUGCUGGUCCACUGGUGCCAUGGGGCACCUGGGGUUAUCUACAUGCUUCUCCAGGCCUACAAGGUCUUUGGGGAACCACAGUACCUGAAUGAUGCCCUGCAGUGUGCAGAAGUGAUCUGGCAGCAUGGCUUGCUGAAGAAAGGCUAUGGGCUGUGCCAUGGGACAGCAGGCAAUGCUUAUGGCUUCCUAGUGCUCUACAACCUCACUCAGAACAUGAAAUACCUCUACAGGGCCUGCAAGUUUGCAGAGUGGUGUUUGAGCUAUGGCCAGCAUGGCUGCCGGACUCCAGACACUCCAUUCUCUCUCUUUGAAGGAAUGGCUGGAACAAUUUACUUCCUUGCUGACCUGCUGGUACCAACCAAGGCAAAAUUCCCUGCUUUUGAACUCUGA